CUUCCGGCAGGCGGAGAACGGGAUGUACAUACGGAUGGCGCUGCUGGCCACGGUGCUGGGCCGGUACUGACCGGCCCCGGCCCGCAAUAAACGCGUCACUGCCGCCGCCCGCGUCAUCAUUGCGUCAUCGCGGCGCGCGGGCAUGGCGGCGCUGAGGAGCUGCUGCGCGCGGGUGGGACCGGCGCUCACCGCCGGGGCCCUCAUGGGAGCUGGGGACGUGAUCGCGCAGCAGCUGGUGGAGCGGCGGGGGCUGCGCGGGCACCAGGGGCCGCGGACACUCAAGAUGAUGGCGAUCGGCUUCUGCUUCGUGGGACGCUGCUGUCACCACCUGGCUCCUGCAGGGCCCUGUCGUGGGCAGCUGGUACAAGAUCCUGGAUCGGCUCAUCCCGGGGUCCUCCAAAGUUGUGGCAGUGAAGAAGGUGGUCCUGGACCAGCCCCGGCUCCUCUCUUGCAGGGAGCCUUUGCACCGUGUUUCCUUGGCUGCUUCCUCGCCAUCACAGGGGCCACGAAUGGGCUGUCGGUGGAGGAGAACUGGUCCAAGAUCCAGCAGGACUACACGGACACCCUGAUGACCAACUACUGUAUCUGGCCACCAGUGCAGAUCGCAAACUUCUACUUCGUGCCGCUGAAGCACAGGCUGGCUGUGGUCCAGUGCGUUGCCAUUGUGUGGAACUGCUACCUCUCCUGGAAAGCAAAUCGGCUGUGAGGGAGAAGCCACGUCCCCUCCCUGUCCCCCCAGCUGCCUGACUCUGCCCCACCACUGGAGCCCUUGGAAGAGGCGCCUGUGGCCGCGGAUGGGGCCGGGAUACGGGGGUGCCAGCAGCACCCGUCCUGCUCUCUCCUCGGGAAGCCCAUCGCCUGCAGCUGCGGCCCUCGCUGCUCACAGGGACACGCAGAGGAGACGAUGGUGACGGGUCUGGUGCGACAGGUCGGCGCCAGGGCUGCUCCGGGUCCUGCUGUGCCGUGGGGCAGCUCUGGCCAUCAGUGCGCUUCCAUGCUCACUUCUUGGCCCUUGGCCCCACACGAGGGGUGUUCCUGCCCCAAGUGGUCUGUCCUUCCCAAGUGGGGCAUCCCAGGCAGGGUAAGAAGCCGGAGCGGCAGGUGCCGGUGCAGGCCCCGGGCUGGCGGUGCCGUGGGUCAGACACUGCCCUGCUCGGAGCUGGGGUUGGUGCUGCCUGUCCUUUCCCAGGCUGCCUGUCCCAUCCUGAGCUGCCUGUCCCAUCCCGGGCUGCCUGUCCCAUCCUGAGCUGCCUGUCCUGGGCUGCCUGUCCCAUCCCGGGCUGUGUGUCCUGUGCCUGCAGCUCCGAGCUCCCGCUGCCGCAGCUCAGGUGCGCUGCUCCUGAAAACAGGUUUCUCUGUAGCUCUGCUACCGACAGUGGUAGCACUCAAUAAAUGCCGGUUUUCCCUCUA